UUUGAAAUAACACUCUUUUUUCCCUUUACUGGUACCUAUCACCAUGUUUGGCUGAGGCACGCUGAACCUCAGUAUGGUUUGGUCCGCCAAGACCUCCACGCUUUUCCUCCUCGCCGGCUCCGCUCUCGUCUCCUCCGCCGCACUUCCAUCUCACUCGAUUGCCGCGAUCGGCACCUCUAUAGUAUCUCGGCGAGAUGGCAGUUAUCUACCCAUAACCUUCGAGGCCGCGUGCAGCGGGUGUUUUGACGGUGAAGACGCUGAAGUCGUAUUCAACUUGGACCUAUUGAGUACAAGUUCCGUCUGUGGGGAAAGCCGCGUCCGUCUCAAUGGCCGAGAGUUGAACUUGACCUGGGAUGGAACCACAGCAGCCGGUGAAACCAACCUUACCGGGAAACUCUCCCAGGGAAAAGGGGAUACGACCCUUUCUAUGAACUAUCGAGCUGUCUGUGUUGCCAGCCCUGAAGACUCCGUCGAGGCGUAUGCUGCCCAAAUUCUUGCCGUCACGUUCUACCCCGCUGGUCGGGUUGGUGAAGACAAUGAAACUUCUGGAUUCGCCCUUUCGUUUAAUUCCGUAGGGAAUCCAGAGGUCUUUAGAUUGUUAACGUCCCCGGUAUCCAUUUCCGAGGAAGAUAACUCUUUUGAGUCUUGGUUAGACUCUUCCGACUCCGACCAGUUCCAUGUCCAGGAUAAUAACACUGAUAAACCCUCCCGAAUCGAUGAUCUAGAGGAAGAGCUGCAGCAAUUGCACAUAUUAAAACAAGAGGCACAGAAGCUAGACGAUCUUAUCAAAGAAAAGGACCAACAGAUUAGGAUGCAUCUUGUCCACGAUUGUUUGUGCCUCAAAUCGAGGCUCAAAAAUUGCGAAACUUUGAAAUGUUUUGUUGAAACCUCGAUCAAGUUUGUGCCAGAUAUUUUUCGUCUUAUGAAAUAUCGCUUUGGCACACUUCCUUCUACUUUAUCUGGCACCCCUUGCCGUCCUGUCGAUGGCGGACGGGGAUAUCAAAACUCGACGUCACCCAUAAAAUCACCGACUGGUUCUUCGAACGAUAGCCAAGUGACUGUCGAAACUAAGCCAGAUAGCACCACGCCCCGGUUGCCUCAAGCUCCGGUUAUUAGUCCACUAAAGCCACGGCCCAUGGGAAACGUGAUUGGCGAUAUGGCUGCGGUGCUCCUUCUCGUCGUUAUCGUAGCAUUAACUUUCAAGAGGUGUGGCAAUUCUCUUUCCUGUCGCCGGCGUCGUGUUGAUUUUGCCGCGAGACGCGAAGAGAGGCGUACUCGUCAUGCAUAUCGAGCAGCUGCAUGUCGAUACAGAUUCAGAUUAUGGUGGACCGGGUUAUGGAAUUCUUUACAUGGAAUUCCCAAUCCACAGCCACCACAAAGCCGUGCUCGUUUUAACCUACCGGAGGCCGAUAGUAACGUUUUCAGAGAUCCGCGGCAGCCUCCUCAGCCGGGCGAAAAUACCAUGCGGAAUGAAAUCUUAGGGUUCCGUCGAGCCCUGGAAUACGUGGGGCAGCUCGUUCACAUAAAUGGGUCCCAGGAUCCUGCCCUUCAUAAUCAUCAAGCUUCCGGGGAUUUAGCAGAAAUAGGUAUUAUCAGAGGAUCGGCAGGAACCCCCACAGUAAUAUCCUCUGUUGCUCCGUUGACAACUGUCGGCUCCCCGCGGACGAGUACUGUUCUCAGUUAUGACGAGACCGAUGAUUCUGGCACGAUCGAGAGCAUUGAUCUGGAGACUGCAACUAUGUUAAGUGCUUGAGGUGAUUGGGAAUACGCAGAACUAUUUUCGACGAUAUAUUCCUCUGAUAUGUAAUAAUUACUUGACCUUGGCUUUACUUGAUGACGGAUAUAAAGCCGUCUUUUCUAUCGUACCGGUAUAUAACAAAUCUCCGUUCAACAUCACUAAGCUCUCAUUUCGCUCACAAGCGCGUUGUUUCCAUCAUCCACCAGCAGCCGGGUUACGAUUUUCCAUAUUAAACAGAGGACUUUUGUUGCGUUUACGGUCUACAUUCCACUAUCCGCUGCGCGGCCCAGCGAAGGCCAUUCCAUCAACAGAGAACAAGGUGUAGUUGAUGCUCCAGGUAGUAUCAAUGCUCCAAAUGAUUCUCAUCCGAUCGUAAUACCGUCUUCUGCGUACGAUGAGUGCCCUCAAAAUACCCUGGGUAAUCCCCUUCCUUAUGUGUCAUUCCCGAUGGACUCUCUUCGUGCGAUUCCUGGAGCCGAGCAGUCGAUAUUCCCUACCCGAACUUUUCACACUUUAACGGAUUAAUAUCGCAAAGAGGAAAGGUCCGCAAAUAGGGCUGUUGUUCGCUUUCUCUCUUGCCAUAUAUCGGAGCUAAUUGUUUUUUGUAUUGGUAUGGUUGUAGUUGGGCAACGUGUGUUCACAACUAGUUAGAUGGCUAGGGCGAACUCAAGCACCCUAGGCGACAGGCUGAGAGGGCCAUUGGUUAAGGUAAACUAACUCAAGUAGUUACCUGAACCAAUUUUCAAAGGAGGGAACAUAUCAAGAGAUCUUCAUGGUUAUGCACUUUUCAUGAAUGGGAAAGCGGAGGAGGAAAAAGCAAAAGGGCUCGCAAGUGAUCCCCUCUGUGUAACAGCAAACAACA